CGUUGGGGAGGGCGGGGCGGGGCGGGGCUGCCGGGCGGCGGGGGCGGGGCCACAUUCGGGCCCCGCGUCCCGCUCCCAUGGCCGCCCCCAGCUCCCCGCGCUGCCCCCUCUCCCCCGGGCCGCGCCCCGGGGCCCCGCACUGACGGCCCAUGGCGCCGCCCGCCGCCCGCUUAGCCCUGCUGUCCGCCGCUGCGCUCACGCUGGCGGCCCGGCCCGCGCCCAGCCCCGGCCUCGGCCCUGGACCCGAGUGUUUCACAGCCAAUGGUGCAGAUUAUAGGGGAACGCAGAACUGGACAGCACUGCAAGGGGGGAAGCCAUGUCUGUUCUGGAACGAGACUUUCCAGCAUCCGUACAACACUCUGAAAUACCCCAAUGGGGAGGGAGGCCUGGGCGAGCAUAACUAUUGCAGAAACCCAGAUGGAGAUGUGAGCCCCUGGUGCUAUGUGGCAGAGCACGAGGAUGGUGUCUACUGGAAGUAUUGUGAGAUACCUGCUUGCCAAAUGCCUGGAAACCUUGGCUGCUACAAGGAUCAUGGAAACCCACCUCCUCUGACUGGCACCAGUAAAACUUCCAACAAACUUACUAUACAAACCUGCAUCAGUUUUUGUCGGAGUCAGAGGUUCAAGUUUGCUGGGAUGGAGUCAGGCUAUGCUUGCUUCUGCGGAAAUAAUGCUGAUUACUGGAAGUAUGGGGAGGCAGCCAGUACUGAGUGCAACAGUGUCUGCUUCGGAGAUCACACCCAACCCUGUGGUGGCGAUGGCAGGAUCAUCCUCUUUGAUACUCUUGUUGGUGCCUGUGGAGGGAACUACUCAGCCAUGACUUCUGUGGUCUAUUCCCCUGACUUCCCUGACUCCUACGCCACAGGAAGGGUCUGCUACUGGACCAUUCAGGUUCCAGGGGCCUCCCGCAUCCUCUUCAGCUUCCCCCUGUUUGACAUCAGGGACUCAGCAGACAUGGUGGAAUUGCUGGAUGGCUAUACCCACCGUGUCCUGGCCCGGUUUCACGGGAGGAGCCGCCCACCUCGGUCCUUCAAUGUCUCUCUGGACUUCGUCAUCUUAUAUUUCUUCUCUGAUCGUGUCAAUCAGGCCCAGGGAUUCGCUGUCUUAUACCAAGCCAUCAAGGAAGAACCGCCUCAGGGGAGACCCACUGUCAACCAGACAUUAGCCGAGGUGAUCACGGAGCAGACCAACCUCAGCGUCAGUGCUGCCCGGUCCUCCAAAGUUCUCUACGUCAUCACCACCAGCCCCAGCCAACCAACUCAGACUGUCCCAGGUAGCAAUUCCUGGACACCAUCAGUAGGGGCUAAAAGCCUCAGAGUUGAAGGAUGGACAGUGUACGGCCUGGCAACUCUCCUUAUCCUCACAGUCACUGCCAUUGUCGCAAAGAUACUUCUGCACAUCACAUUUAAAUCCCAUCGUGUUCCUGCUUCAGGAGACAUUAGGGAUUGUCAUCAACCAGGGACUUCGGGGGAAAUCUGGAGCAUUUUUUAUAAGCCUUCUACUUCGAUUUCCAUCUUUAAGAAAAAACUCAAGAGUCAGAGUCAACAAGAUGACCGUAAUCCCCUUGUGAGUGACUAAAAACCCCACUGUGGACAUGAGGUCCCUCCCUGAGCUCAGGGAUGCUGGGGUUGACCUCUCCUGUGGUUCUCCCACAGACUCUUCCCUGCCUCUCCCUCCACCUGGGCCUAUUCAGGGGCACCCUCCUCUAGACCGGGAGGGGCACCAUGCUUCAGGGGCAGGCACAGCCUGGAUUCCUCCUGCUUCAUCAGCUGCACUUGGGAGAGAGACUCAAGACCAUAGGGCUUGGCCCUGUCUGCAUCUCUCUCUGAUCUAGCUGUGGGGAUGCCAGGAUAGUGGGGCAGAGAAGACAGAGACGGUCGUGGCUGGCAAUGGGCUCAGGUGCAUUCUAGAUGACUGUCAGGUGGUGGGAAGGGUUAGUUAUAUGGAAUACACCUUGCUGCUUCUCUCUGUUGUCCACACACAGAUCAGUUUCUCCUGGUCCUUACGAUUUGGAACAGGGCCAGCAAGGGAGAAUUCUUAGGUUCUCGUGAAGGUUGGCCUGGUCCCAUACAAGCGUGGACUCCUGGGCAUUAGCAAAGAGUAAAGGGGGGGCUGGUGCUCAGUGCUGACCCUGGAGACUUGCUCUCCGGGUGCUGGAUGGGACAGGCUUCCCCUGACCUAGAGGGCCUGAGAAUAGGGUCUAAAACCCCCAUUUAUGUCCAAUCUGACAGGUUUCACACACGAGUUUCUUUCUAGAUUCUUCUUUCAAUAGUUCAGUAACCUGCAGAGAAAUCUUUGAGAGGCACUCAGUAACUCCUUUUCAGGUUGGCUUUAUUUACCCUUGCCCCCUGUGGAAGCUGAACCAGGCCUUAGCGUCUCUGGAAUUCUCUCAGCUGACUCUCAUUUCUGAACAGGGAGUAUAAAUAUUGUGCUUUAGCCUUUAGAUAGCGUUAUGUGGGACACGGGGCCUAUGGUCCCUCCUUGAGAGGUCUCACAUGUUAAAAGAAGAUGAAAAACACCCGGAGGGCUGUGCUCUUUUAUGUGUUCCCUCAUGGGGACCGAGUUGGGUUAGGAAGGGCUCAGGAAAAGGUAUUGUCCCUGCUGUGCUCUUUUAUGUGUUCCCUCAUGGGGACCGAGUUGGGUUAGGAAGGGCUCAGGAAAAGGUAUUGUCCCUGCUCCCAUACUACCCUGUCCCUUUGACAGGGAGAUGAAUUUCAGACAUUGGUGUGAGGGCAGAGAGCGCUUGGGAACUGAUCCUCUGAGGAUAGGCUCUAAUAUUGAGAGCCCCAGCUGCAGCAGCUACCAAUUGGGAGAGUUAAGUGUCAUCUCUAAUUUAGAAGUCCCCACCUUCUGGGAGCAGGCUUUGUCAACAGCAGCAGAGAAGAGGGACCUGUGCCUGUGACAGUGGAGGCCUGGCCCUUUGCCUGAGCAUGCCUCUCCCAGAGAUGCUUGGGCCUUUGUAGUUGUUGCCUCUUGCCUUUGGUUCCCUCUUUGGAGCGCUUUGCCUACCUUACCCACGUCCCUAAGCUCCUGUCUGCUGUGGCUCCGCCUGAGCUUCUGGCAACCCAUCUGUGCCUGAUUGCCCCUGGGAAAAUAGAGGGGGCUAUGCGGGGCCAGCUGGGAAGUGUCUGCAGCGAGAGGUGACACCUGGUAGCCUGAGCUGCAGGCAGAGGGGCAUUGUGUGAGGGAAACGGGGAGGUGUGUCCACAGGUGGGCAAGACCUGCAGAGGGUGCUGAGCCACUCCAAGCUGUCUCAGUGCUUUAAUCUGAGAAGGGUGAUUACCUUGGAGCAGCUGUCUACAGGCCCCUGGGUCUGGAGGCACAGGCCUGUCACACACCAGGACCACUGGAAAUAUAUCAACAUGUGUAGUCUCCAAGCUAUUUGUGGCUUUUGUGGAAUCUCCUCUCAAAAGCAAGUAUCAGUUGUGUAUAGUCCCAGAGGGCACAGUGCUGUGAAUAGAUUCAUUCGCAGGGCAAAGGGAAUAUGGCAUUUGGCCCCAGGAGGGGUUUGCCUGGCUGAAACACAGCUGUUCAGUGGCCCAGGGCUAAGGCUGAUUUCCUCCCCACCUCCUUUCCCUCCUCACAUCUCCGGCCUGCCGGCACUGCUGUGUGGUCAGAGCCUGCAGCUGGAGCAGCCCUUCCAGGAGGGCCUGGGAGGAGCUGUGAUG